AUGAACUCCCUCAACCAGCAGUAUGAGGAGAAGGUGCGUCCCUGCAUCGACCUGGUCGACUCUCUUCGCUCUGUGGGUGUCGAGAGGGACUUUGCGCUGCCUGCUAUCGCCGUGAUUGGGGACCAAAGCUCAGGGAAGAGCUCUGUGCUGGAGGCGCUAUCAGGAGUGGCUCUGCCCAGGGGGAGCGGUAAUUAUCUCAUUGCCAACUCUUCUGACGAAAAUGCCUUAGUCGUUCAAAUGUAUCCUACCAGCAAUUUUCAUGUACUCUUUCUACAUCUGUGACGAGAUACUACAGACUUCAGACGACCAUGCGUUCUCACAAGGACUGCACCUUAGUCAACUGAUACAAGUCGAAAAGUGAACAAAGGUCAUUAUGAUUUACAGCAUGUAAGAACAAUAGGUCUGUACCGUGUUUGUUCUCAUGUUGGCACAGCUGCAUGUGUGUCCAAGGCACACUCAGACCUCCAGGAGUGGAGCUAAGACUGCAGACAGAGACACUCCAGUCUCAUGACCAUGAAUUCACAGAAAAGGUUUUUAAAUCAUGUAGUCUACUUAGACAUGCAGAAAAUUAAAUACACUCUUGACUAGAUGUCUUUUCCUCUUUGUCUCAACUAAAUCUAUUUAAAAUGCUUCCUCUUAGUUUUGUUUUAUUGUCUUUUAUGUAUGUAUUUAUUUAUAUCAUCUUCUAAUUGUCUGUGUUUUAUAUUCACUUGUCUUUUUACAGUAAGAAGGGGGGAUGUGUGUUAUUACUGUUCUGUAUCAAAAGUUUUGUAGGACAGGGAGGGAAGAAGUGGUUGUUGUUUUUGAAAGAGGAAAAAACCCUUAUUUCUCAUUGUAUGUUCUUUUGCCUGUCAAAUGAAAAAAAAAACACAUUAAUUUAACUGGGUUAAUUCCCAAAAAACAUACAGGAGAGUUUUUUUUUUACUUUCUGCCAUUUCUGAAAUCAGAUUUUUGUGUGCAGCAGUAUUUUUCAAUUUAAGUUAUCCUUUGUUUAGUUGUAGUAACUGCACUUCACCUUGAUUUUUCUUCAGCUUAUUUAUUCUUUCCUUUUGUGGUAAUUCAGGCAUUGUAACAAGAUGUCCUCUUGAGCUGAAGAUGAGGAAGAAAAAAGAAGGAGAAAAGUGGCAUGGAGAAAUCAGCUACCAGCAAUUCAAGGAAAAGAUAGAAGACCCAACAAGUGUGGAGGAAAAGAUUAGAGAAGGUACAAUAGAUACACAUACAUACAUUCAUACAAAACCUUUUACUUCUCAGUGAUCACAUUUUCUUUCUGACUUGUUAGUCACAAGAUAUGCUGUCCUGUUUCUUCAGCUCAAAACAAAGUUGCCGGGAAAGGAGUAGGAAUCAGUGAAGGGCUAAUCAGUGUGGAAAUCGCCUCUCCUGAUGUUCCAGACCUGACACUCAUUGAUCUGCCUGGCAUUGCCAGAGUGGCUGUAAAGGGACAACCAGGGAACAUUGGAGACCAGGUGAGCUUGACCACUGCUCAAAACACACUCUACAAUCACUAAUGUGUAACACACCCCUCGGGUAAUCGCAUUAAUAGGAGGCAGCUCUCACAAAGAGUGUUCAUACUAUGCGUUAUAAUGUGUCUCCAAACAUGACUAUAGUAAGAGCUUUAGAUCAGAUCUCAUCUCACCAGUCUGCAGGCAAAUAAACUGGUAGACUUUUAAAAAAUGUGAAGCAGACUCCUGUCACAUAGAGGAAAUGGGAGAAAUGGGAAAACGAAAUUAUACGUGAAUCACUUUGCAUGAGUGUUUCUCUUUAAACUUGUGACGAGCUUGUGUUAUUCAAUAUAUUUUUCAUAUUUCUCUUAAAUAUAUUUCUGUGCUAUAAUCCUUGUACCAAAAGAGUGAUAUUACGAUUCAGCCAGUCAGAAAUACUGAAAAUGGCAGAUUGUCCUGCAGACCUGCUGUAGGUUGCACUGAGAGACAGAGAGCGGUGUAUCAGAGCUACAUUAGAGAGGCGAGUUUAAACAAGUAAAUAAACCAACCAAAGCUAUAAUUGAAAUAGUUUGCUGGCCUCAACCAAAAACGUGUUAUGCUUUUCUUUCAGAAAUGUAGGAAUUAUUGUUCCCAAAAAUUACAUUUAUAUAUUCAGAGCUAAAACUUCUUGUCUGGCCGGCUAGCACUCUGGAUGAUCAAGCACCCCCAAAGCUCUGAUCCUAGAAUUGCCCCUGCUACAGUACUCCUUCAGGGAUCUAGUGGAGUCCACACCUUGACAGAUCAGGGCUGAUUUGGCAGGAAGAGGGGGACCAACUCAACAUUAGGCAGAUGGUCUUAAUGUUAUGCCGGAUCAGUAGACACUACAUAUAAGUAUUUAUAACUUUUGGUAACCAUACACUUUUCAACUUGACUGUUCUUUGAUAUUUCCAGGUCAAGAAGCUGAUCCAAAAGUUUAUCAAAAAACAAGAAACCAUCAGUUUGGUUGUUGUUCCUUGCAACGUGGACAUAGCCACAACUGAGGCUCUGAAAAUGGCUCAAGAGGUGGACCCUGAAGGAGAAAGGACUCUGGGUAAAAUGAAUGAAUGAAUUAAUGUAUGAAUGCAUCUAUGAACAAAGUUGAUGCAGGAAAACAGCCAUGUUCUAGUUACUUGCCAUUUCAUUUGUUCAUGGUCUGUUUGCCUUUUUCUCACUCAGGUAUCUUAACCAAGCCUGAUCUGAUGGACAAAGGAACAGAGCAGACAGUGGUGGACAUUGUCCAUAAUGAUGUGAUCCCACUCAAGAAGGGUUACAUGGUCGUCAGGUGCAGGGGUCAGAGGGAGAUCACAGACAAAGUGUGUCUUGCUGAAGCAAUAGAAAAAGAGAGAGAUUUUUUCCAGGAACAUUCCUAUUUCCAGUGAGUUCAUUCUUUGAUGGUGCAUAAAAAGUUUUUUUUUAAUUUAUUUUUUUUAUUUUUUAUUAAUAGGGUGUGAGGCAUGUUUAAGCAUUUACUUGUUUUUUCUCUCUAGGGUUCUCUAUGAUGAAGGCUACGCCACAGUCCCCAGACUGGCAGAAAAACUCUCCCUUGAGCUGGUUUACCAUAUCCAGGUUAACCUCACACACACUUAUUUUUCUCUACAGAAAGGGGUGCUUGAGAUGUUCAAUUUAGAUAUUAACGGGUUUUACUCUUGUGUGGUUUGUAGAGAUCUCUGCCAAACCUGGAAAGGCAGAUUGAGAAUAAACUAAAGAUGACUCAGGCAGAGCUGGACAGAUAUGGUGACGGACCCCCGACUGACAUCAAUGAAAGACUGAGCUUCCUUAUUGAUGUGAGUUCACUUUUGACAUGUACAAAUCACUGCAUCUCCAAACCUCAAGUUUAGCCAGGAUAAAUUAAGCCUCUUUAAAAAUCAUUUCUCUCUUUUUUCUUUUAUUUUAGAAAGUUACUACAUUUACACAGGAAGCUAUCAGUUUCACUGAGGGGAAUGAAGGCAGAGGUCGAUCUGAGGUCAACAUUUUUUUCACCCUCAGAAAAGAGUUUGCAGCAUGGAAAGACGUAAUUGACCGCUCUGGAGUUACUUGUAAGUUGAUCAACAAGUAGAUUUUGUAGCCUUCAUGCAAAGUAAACUAAUGAGUGGAAUGGCUUGGCCUUUUUAUCAUAGAUCGAUCAAAUUUACUGCUUCUAGCUGGAAAAAGUAGAAAGACUUUUUUAUGACCGAACCAAAUUAGUGUUUUGCUCCUGCUGCCAUGACUACUAGUAACCAACACUUGUCUUAUGUUUUGCCAAAUUAAUUCCUUUUGCAGUCAACUCAAAUAUUGCAAAAGAGAGCCUUCACUAUGAAUCAAAGUACCGUGGAAGAGAACUUCCAGGUUUCAUCAACUAUAAGACCUUUGAGGACAUGGUGAAGGAGCAGAUCAAACAGCUGGAAGAGCCAGCAGUGCAGAAACUCCAAGAAGUGUCAGGUAUGUAUAAUCAUGAUGCUCAAGUGGUUAUAGGCUGGGUCAAUAUCUGUUCUGUACGAUCCUGUUCUUUCAAGACUCUGACUGGUUUGUAAUGUCUUUCUUCUUUUUAAGAAAUCGUGAAGAGCGAGCUGCACAGGGUGGCACAGAAUAGUCUUGUGGGAUUACCCAAUCUCCUCAAUACAGCUAAGGUUGUUUUUAUCGCUACUUACUGUCAAGUCUAGUCAACUGUCAUUUAUGCAGUACAUUUUAAGACAAUCAAAUUAGUCUUAUCUGUCAGGAUAACAUUCUCAUCUUAAAGGGAAGGUUAGGUCUUCAAUAGUGAAUAAAAACAUACAACAGUGGCAUGAUGUUUUACAGGUUUUGGACAGUGUCUGCAAAGGCUCAGUCACCCCUGGUUUCGGGGCUUGUUUUAGACACAUCCAGGAGCAGCUGAUUGGUUAACCUCAGUGCUCUGACUGGAGUAUAAACAUGGAAAAGCUCAGCAAACUAUGGUGGUGCUCAUCCAUUCAGGGCCUUAAAGGUAAACAACAAAUUUGAAAAUCAGUCCUUUGAUGGAUGAGAAGCCAGUGAGGAGAGAACAGUGCAGAUGUAAUGUGCUCUCUCCUUUUUCUUUACAGUCUGGAGGUGAGCAGCAGCAUUUUUAAUAAGCUGCAGGCACUGAAUAGAUGACUGAUCAAAGCCUACACACAAAGAAUUAUAGUAGUCAAGAUGAGAUCUUAUGAAAGAUUAGAGUUCGCUCUUUAAAACUUAAGAGGGGGGGCUAAGCCUUAGAUGAAGACGCCAGAAGAGAUCCACCUGUCAAAUUUAUAAGCACUAUCUAAAGAAAAACCAAGGCCUUUCACAGAAGAAAUACUAUAGGCAAGAGUGCCACUGUCCAGUUGUUUCAGGUGUCCAACACAAUGAUCUCAGUUUCAUUCUCAUUGAGAUUUGGGAAGCUGAGUCUCAGCAAUGACUUUCAGACAGUUGAGCAAGGGCUGUGUACUGCCCACCCCCCAAGGAAAAGAAAUAUCAAGAAAUCUUUUGCCAUGGGUUUGGUGUCAUGACAGAUAUGUAUACUAAAGUCACCAAGAACUGAACCAUGAACAAAGUCUAACAUAACACCUGCAUGAAAUCAGUUAGUACUCUGUUCUGUGUAUGUAUGACUGACAAAACCAUAGUACCAUAGUACUAACCAUAGUGGCGGACCAUAGUAACUCUUUGUUUGCCCCUCAGAUAAAGAUUGAAUCCAUUAGCAAGGACAAGGAGGCUGCAGCAGAGGCCAUGCUGAGGACCCAAUUUGAGAUGGAGUCAAUGGUUUACACUCAGGACACCACAUACAGCGAGACGCUCGGGAAGAGAAAGAGGGAGGAAGAACAGGGCAGCAGAGUUUUCUCCUGGGGAACAAGGACAACCAGCACAACUGAGACAGGGGACACCCUGAAGGAGAUAAUCAAACACUUUCAAUCAUACUAUCAAGUUAGUACACUUUACAUAAUGUGUAUUACAAUAAAGUCUACAUAGAAGAGGUGCCAACUAGAUAGACAGAACAUGUUGCAGCCAUCAACACGUGCACACACGGUGUGGCUGGCCUAGGUUUUUUUUCACCCAUCGGAUGCAUGACAGCAUGAAUAUAUCACGUCACAGUUUCUUUUGGUUCUUUAUGCUUUUUGUCACUUUAAUACCAAAGUUAUAAUUUUACUAAACAACCAGAUCUUCUACAAUAAGGAAAGUCACUUUACUGAAAACAGUCCAUAUAUCAAGGUAAUAUCUAGAUCUAUCUAUCCCAAAACUAGGAUCAUGACCAAAAUUGUUAAAGUUCUUCUUAUUCUUAUAUUGGGUUGCCAAUCAGCGGAGUAAGCUGUCUAACAAUUGGGACAUUGAGGCCAAUAUUAAAACCAGUUGAAAGUCAGAUGGUAUGGCCUCUCUCCUGCUGCAACUAAAAAGGUCCCUAUCCAAGUUUAAUGUAAACAAUUACAUCAGAGAUUUAACCCUAACACAUUUUAUAUGAAGAUCCACUAAUUACUUUAAAUCUUUAAAGGCUGUAUGAUCUUGCUCAAGUUGUCUGCAAUCCAUCUUACCACAUUAAGUGCAGAGUUUGGAUCCUUCUUUUCUCACGCAGUCAGCCUUGGCAUGGAUGUCCCUAGUGAUGGCAAGUUAGGCUCUAUUUGUGGUCCAGAUCAUGUAGCUUUGCAAGAACCAGCUCCUUUGGCCAUCAAACAGCUCUUCAUAGCUGCAAGAGUCAGCUCACCACUUCUCUCUCCUGUCAGCAUAGCUAACAUGUUAAAUCACUACAUUGAUGAAAACUGAACUUGAAAGGAAAGAAAAGGAACUUCAACACUAGUUGUGGCCCACCUGAUUAACAAAUUUGAAACAGCGGUAGCCAUAGUGCAUUGUUUCAGUAAAUUAAAUAGGACACAAGUAUCACACAAAAAAAAUAGUCUGAAUUCAGUUUUUUACUGUUGAAUUUGGAUCUCCAAGUCCCUUGGGAGAUCUAAUAUAUAUAUAAAAAACAUUAAUGUCUCAUAAUCAUCAGAUUCUUACUUUGGCUGUUUUUUAUUAAUAUUUUGUUCAACGGGAAUGGGAACUGUUUGUAGCUGAAUUAGCAGGACUGUUGUGUUGCAGACAUACACAAAAUGUGAAGUAAACCGAAGACAAAACAUGGUGCAAUACCCUGUACUUUUUUUAUUGACACAUAGGGAGGGUUGGGUAGGCUGAGCCAAAGGGUAAGUUGAGCCACCCCCUGUUGCUUGGAAAUGGUAAAAGAAAUUGAUCAUGUGACCAAAUAUUUAGGAUAUGUGCAUCAAUUCAUGGAGUCUGUGAAGGUUAGAAGUACAUGGGUGAAGGGGUUAGACAUUUAUUUACAAAAAAAAACAUUUUUCACUCUUGAAAGUGAAUUUAGUGUGUCAUAAGUUGUAUAAGAAUUGUGUUCAGACCAAAAAUGAUCAUUUUAAAUUUGUUUUAUACAUCAAUUGUGGUAUCUAUGAGACACAACAUGAGGUCAUAACCUAGCAUAAAACUCCACCAUUUUAGCUUAGAGGAUUAAUAAAGUCAUCAUAGUAGUUCUGGAGUAAGUUGAGGACACAGCUUAACUUACCCUGCUCCUAUGGUCAACUUACCCCCAUACACGGGGUAAGUUGACCAUCAGAGACCACUCUUUUUGGCAUGCUAUAUUAUCAAGACAGUUAUAAUUACACUCAUUCUGUUGGUCUGCAGGGAUGCACAACAUCUUGAAAUAUCUGCAGAUUCACUAGUUAGAGACAAAACUAUGAUUGCUUUGAAGUAGUGAUCCGAAAUAUGAAAAAUGGCUCAUCUUACCCCACUCUCCUCUACUUUUUGCUGUAAGUUGCCGUCGAUAAUUCGAUAAAAAGCAUCAAUUUAAAUUCAACCACCACCUUUUGCAUGCACACUCUCUUUUCUUUUAAGAAAAUUACAGACACAGUGAUUUUAUUGUAAGGGCUUCAGCAUAACAUAUAACUUUGUCUACUGUUCAACAUAAAGACACAUCUAAGUUCUUAUGAAGUAAAAAACUACAAGAAACUAUUAAAUGAUGGGGGGGGGGGGGGGGGUUAUACAUCAUUUUUGUGACAUUAUCUAUGAUAUCUAAAAAAGAUAGGAUCUGUGUAACACCCUGUCGUCCUCCCAAAACCACAGAUUGCUGGCCAGCGCCUGGCUGACCAGAUCCCCCUGGUGAUCCGCUACCAAGUGCUGCAGCAGUCUGCCCGCCAGCUGCAUAGGGAGAUGCUACUUAUGCUUCAGGACAAGGAGAAAACUGAGUUCCUGCUUCAAGAAGACGCGCUAACAAAAAGCAAGAGAACCCAACUUCAGAAUCGCCUCAAGCGCUUGACAAAGGCACGGGAUCUGUUGACCAAUUUUAGUAUGAACAUAUACAACUUUAACUCAACACCAGCAAUACGGAUACAACAAAUUGUUGCCAUGAAUGGCAGCGCUGUUGUUCCACAGAGUCCCCACCAACACUCAGGCUUCAGGCAGAGAGGUGAUGGCCCCUCCAAAAAAUCAGGCAGGCGUUAG